UCUACGUAGUAGUAUUGGAAGACGAAGAAGACAGGCGAAGGAGUGGCUCAAUCAAGCCUGCCGCCUAACCUGAUGACAAUGGAUGGCUUUGAUGAAGCCACUCGUUCGGUAUUGGAAGAAGCGUCCCCAGCACGAGAUCCCCCUGUGCCAAAAAAGACAAAGAGUGGCACCAAAGCAGCCAUUCCAUCAUCCAGGUCUUCCUCACCGGCACCCAUGACUGUGAUUGCUUCACCAACCAUGCCUGCAAAAGAUGUUGCUGCGGGUCUCGACAGUCUGAAGAUGCAGGCCAGACACUACAAAACCUUGAGCAACAUGUACAACAAGCCCAAUGCAAAACCCAAUCAAAAUGAUGUGGCGCAAAUUCUGGACCUCGAGUUCGAAGCAAGGCGGGCCUUUAUCGAUUCAGAUGUUACCAAGGAAGAAGACCGACCUGCAAAAAUCCUUGAUGCAUAUCCAUGCUUUAAAGAUGUUCAAAACGCCAUGGAUGAGCUACGGCGCAUAGUAGAUGGUACUAACCGCAGAUACAUCGAGGACGUAAGAGGAAGAUGGACAGAAUUCUGCACGAAGGUGCAGUUCUACAGCGUGUGGAAGAAAGUCCUCAAACCCCCUUUUCCUUUGGAUGUUCGCAGUGUGGAUUUCACACUGGCCCUCUUCAAUGCACUGCCACCCCUCUUCCCCUCAUCCGUUUUGCCACCAAAGAAGCUUGCUUGCAGUGAGGCACUUAUUCAUACUGAGGCCCCAUACUCCAACCUCUACCCCUUACCCCAGCCCCAUACCCCAGCCUCAUACUCCAACCUCUACCCCUUACCCCAGCCCCUUACCCCAGCCCCAUACUCCAACCUCUACCCCUUAUCCCAGCCCCUUACCCCAGCCCCAUACUCCAACCUCUACCCCUUACCCCAGCCCCAUACUCCAACCUCUACCCCUUACCCCAGCCCCAUACUCCAACCUCUACCCCUUACCCCAGCUCCAUACUCCAACCUCUACACCUUACCCCAACUCCAUACUCUCCCAACUGCUCUACCCCAUCGGCCCGUCCCAUCCUUCACCACGGCACCCUCACCGCUGCUCAUAGCUCAGACCUCACCUCCACAGCACCACGGCACCCUCACCGCUGCUCAUAGCUCAGACCUCACCUCCACAGCACCACAGCACCACGGCACCCUCACCGCUGCUCAUAGCUCAGACCUCACCUCCACAGCACCACGGCACCUCCACUGA